AUGUCGGUCGCGUUAUUACGAAACCCGGAAGCUGAACGAAGAGCAAAGGAAAAGGCCGAAGCCCCGACAGUCAAGACAGAAGAGCAACAGAAGCGGGACGACCAGCUCAAACAGAAACAGGCCGUCGAAGCCCCCAAAAGAACCUUGGCAUUUCAGAAUAUCUGGCGACGAAAGUUCAGACCGCUUCCUGAGAAUAAAGCAGUUGAUCUAUUUGCCGACGUUAUUGGAGACGCUUUCAUCCUCUCGGUAGCCGUCGCACUGAUCGUUUACGAGACCUGGAAGUCAUCGCAGAAACCCGAUAUCAACAAAAUGCGGAUAGAAGAGUUGGACCAGAAAUUAGAGGAGCUUAAGAAGAGAGAAGAGGAGCUUGAAGAGUCAGAAAAGAGACAAAAAGAAAGAUACGAAAGCCUGGAGGAAGCCUUGCGCGCGUUGAGAGAUCCUAAGACGAAGCAACCUCUACUCCCAACAUUACAAGCAUCAUAA